UGCAGAUUAGAAGAAGAAAAGUAGUACUUGAGCGGACUCUUGAGGCGUGCUGGUCUUUACCGUGGCGUGUUAAAGUCGACCGCACAUAUUUAAAGAGCGGCCGGUAAACUUUGCGAAAGGGAAAACCGUGUGAAAGCUCGCGAACCCCUUUUUUUUUUUUUUUUUUCUUUUUCUUUUCUAGUUACCCCUUCUACUAGGCAUGCCAAUUCACGUCCAAUUAAACGUAAUAACGAUCCGUUGGCUUUGAACGCGAAAAGAACAACCGCACUUUGGAUUACACGUUUUUACAUCACGAUCGUCCGAGACGGAGAGAGGAAUAUACCAGAGAUUAUAACCCAUGGCAAAAGGUGUUUCACCUGUGAAACGUAUCGAUCGAUAAUGUAGAAAACGAAACAUUUUGACGAGCAUCGAUCAUAAUCGUGGAAGGAAACGACGGUUUGGCCGGAUGUUCCCCGGUAAAGGGGAAAGAAAAACGAGAGGCAUAUCCCAAUGAGAGCCGAGUCAUCGCACUUGCCGAGUGCCUCUUAUCUUUCCGGCUGGUGGAAGUUCUGGUUGUAGGUUAGAGACACUCGUCGUGGAUCGGGGAGGAGAGUGAGAUCGAAUCGAUCGAUCGACGACUUUCGAAGGGAGCUUUCUACUCGAGUUUUCCUGACCUAAGAACACAGGCCUGGUGUAGAGUGGCGUUGGAACGGGGUGGAGUGGGCUCUAACACAGAAUGGGCCACCGGAGUGGGGGGAGGGAAGAUAUUCGAGUGAGAGAAUCUCACGAUCCCCUUUCGAGCAUCCUCUUCCCCCCUGCCACGCGACAACGACGAUGACUGCAGAUUUGUCUUUUCUUUCUCGUCUCGUGGAACCUCGCGACCUCUUAUCGCCCACGACACGCGCCCCCUCCCCUCGUCGUUAGGCCGGCUUUCUCGAAUCGGUCGCGUGACGAUGGCUAAUUAAAAGUCCAAAGACAUCCCCGUUUCGGUCGGAUCGAUCGAAUCGUGGUCUCGUUCUUAUCGUUCCUAGUCGAGGGACAGGAUACCUUCUCCUCCCCCAACGGAAAGUUCGUUGCUUUCGUUUCGAGUGGAGUCGUCUCGUCUCGCUUUCGAUCGAUCUUCCACGAUUCUCGAGGGUCAAGAGAUAUGAUAGAAACAGAGAAUCGAGCCGAAUGAUGCCCAAUUGACGAAGACCGCGCAGUCCUAGGAAUGGCCCCAUUCAGUUCCGUCUUCCUGGGCGUCUGGGGAGUGUUCGUGAUCGUCCUUAUACAAGAAUCUAGGCCCGUCAGCUGGGAGGAAUGGUGGACCUAUGACGGUAUUUCCGGUCCCGGGUUCUGGGGUCUCAUCAAUCCGGAUUGGUGGCUGUGCCACAAGGGCAGACGUCAAUCGCCGGUGAACCUGGAACCGUCCAGGCUCCUCUUCGACCCGAACCUGCAACCCCUUCACGUGGACAAGCACAGGGUAGGUGGUGUGCUGGCGAACACUGGCCACAGCGUAGUUUUCGCCGUGGACAAUGACACGCGCCAUCCGGUCAACAUAUCUGGUGGCCCGUUGAGUUAUCGGUAUCAGUUCCACGAAAUACAUUUGCAUUUUGGGUUGGAUGAUCGGACCGGUAGCGAGCACACCGUGGACGGACACGCGUUUCCCGCGGAGUUGCAAAUAUUCGGCUUCAACUCGCAACUCUACAACAACUUCUCGGAUGCGUUACAACGGGCACAGGGGAUCGUGGCGUUGUCUCUUCUUCUCCAGGUUGGAGACCUCUCGAAUCCAGAGCUUCGAAUAUUCACCGAGCAGCUGGAUAAAAUCAAAUAUGGAGGCCAAGCGAUGGAGAUUAAACGUUUCGUGGUGCGGGAACUGCUACCAGACACGAAAUAUUACAUGACGUACGACGGCUCCAUCACGAUGCCAGCCUGCCACGAGACCACCACGUGGAUCAUCCUGAACAAGCCGAUAUACAUCACAAAGCAGCAGCUUCUCGCGUUGCGACAAUUGAUGCAAGGAGACAAGGAUCAUCCGAACGCGCCACUAGGGAAUAAUUUCAGACCGCCGCAGCCGCUUCAUCAUCGUCCCGUUCGAACAAACAUCGACUUCAACGUUCAGGGACCGAAGAACUGUCCGACGAUGAAUAGGGACAUAUACUACAAAGCCAACAGCUGGAAAUAACCCCCUUGGCAAGUUAUGGGGGUGGCUGGAGGUGAACUACGCUUUCCCUGGGUUAAACUGGAGCCACGCAGUUAAGAGGAUAGAAACCCACUGACAUAUCAAUUAAUGAGCGCGACCAGUGGUCAUCGUAUCGAUCAGAUCGAGCAGAGGCCAUCGUGGCGCGUAUGGUUGAGAGGAAGAGUGAGAGAGCGAACGAAAGAAAGAGAGAACGAGCGAGUGAGAAAAGAAGAGAGGUCAGAAUGUCGAGAAAAAGAGAGAAAGAGAUUAAAAAGAAGAAAAAUGCUUCGUUGUACUAUUAGACGUGAACUGCCAAGUAUGUUUCCAGUAACGAGAAAAAAAAAAAAAAAAAACACGCAAAGAACACGCAGAUACACAGACAAAUACACAGAGAGACACAUACAGAAGAUAUACCUAUAUAUAGAUUACAAUUUAGCGGAGAUAAGGUUAAAACAAAAAAAAAAAAAAACGUAAGAUUAACACAAGAUAUAUUAUUAUACGUAUAUCGAUCAACUAUCGAAAAAGCUAUGACUAUCGUGGCCUGUGUUGAGGUCGUUGAUGACGAUGAUGAAUAGAACUAUAGGGAUGGGGAUAGAAAUGAAAAACACGAGAUUCUUUAUGUAUAAAAGAUAUAAAAAAAAAAAAAAAAGAAGAAGAAGAAGAAGAAGGAGAAGAAGAAACUAAAGAUUUGUGCGUGAUGGAUGAUCAUGCGUACACGCCCACUCGUUCCACCACUUGCAUAUACAUGAAUACAUACGACAUACAUGCAUACAUACUAUACAUAUACACACACAUAUCGAACGAAAGUUUAUACUAUAUUCUUGUAAUAAAAUGCUGAAAAACGUA